GGGGGGAGUCAAUGGCAAUUGACAAAACAAUAAUGGCUAAUACCAAUAAAUGAGAUUUUGAACAAUUUAUAGUAUAGUAUUUAUUUAAUUUGAAUUCGUUGUUUUUUAUUUAUAUAAAGGAUGUGAUAUGGACGAUGAAAACGUAGAUUUUCUAAAGGCAAAAGUAAAAGAGCUGGAAAUACAACAAAAUGAACUUCGUUUGUCCAUCGAAAGUAAAGAAGCUGAAUUUGGUAAAAAGCGAGCACAACUUAAAGACUUAUUUCUUCAGAAAGAAACACAAUUACAUGACGAGGCUACCAAACUGAGGAUUGCUCGUGAGGAAAAUUCAAAACUUUUGGCCAACCUACAGAACCUGUCUGCUGAGAGAGAUGAUCUCAAAACUGCUGUUGUUAUUGCUGAGACUUCUAGCAAUGACAAGAUAGCUGCUAUUGAUAUUAAGUAUCAAGAAGAAAUUGCUUCGUUAAAAGCAAUAAUGCAUGAUGCAGUGCAAGAAACACGACAAGAGGUAGCAGAGAAAUUUACAGAGGACAAAAGGAAAUUGGUUGCAGCCAAUCAUGAGUUAGAAAAAAAAUUGGCAAAGUUCCAGACAUUGAUUCAUGACACAAAAUCAAGACAACAUCAACAGCCACAGGAGGACACUGAUGAAGGUCUAUUUGAUGUGUUGCCUAGGAAACCGCAAGGUGGUCCCCCUGAGCCAACUGGUGAUGGAAAUCUUGAAGAUAGUAUGAAAAAGGCUCAGGAGGAUGCUGAAGCAUUGAGAUCUAUUGUCAUGCCUCUUGAAGAGGAAAUUGCUUCUUUGAAGUCAAAAUUGAAGACAGCCAACGAAAAAAUAACUUUAUUGGAGGAAAAGAAGCAAGAAUUGAAUGUUGUUACUUCACCGGAAAACCUACGUGAAAACGUUACUGAUAGUUUUGAAGAUAAGAUAAAAGACCUCACUCAAUAUCUGGAAGCCGAGCGAUCUGCAAGAACUGACCUCGAAAUGUUUGUUGCUGUUCUUAACACUCAAAAAGCUGUUCUACAAGAAGAUGCAGAUAAACUAAGAAAAGAACUGCAUAAUGUGUGUAGAAUACUGGAACAGGAAAAAGAAGAACACUCAGCCUUGAAGAGCACUUGGGAAAUGGCAAAUGAUCGUUUUCUCGAGACGCAACGCGUACAGAGACUUAAAAUGGAUAAAAUGAUAAAUUUACUGUCUAGCGAGCAUCGUCAAUUAUUUGAAGAGGAAGUAAGCCAAAGUAAAGAAACUGUGGAGCUACUGAAACCUCCAUCGCCAGCAACCUCGAGGAAAUUUAUAAAUCGAAAAACGAAUAAGCAAUUCGUGGGUAGUAGAAAACAGGAACUUUCUAGAGUGAAUAAAUCAAGUACAUCCGAACACAAACGAUCAUUGGCAAGCUUUGUUGCUCGAAAGUCGAAUAGCUCGUCUUCCAUCGGACCAUCAAUACUUGAUAGCGAUGUUCCACAAUUUGAAUCAAAUACUGAGCCUUUAAUGCCAAGUUUACAACUACCCAUGAAAAGCUCUAAUGAAAACAUAAACUUGGACAGCAAGAGUUUGAAUUCAUUUUCUGACGAAGAAACGAGCAAUGGUAGUACAAUGAAGAAAUAUAAAUCUGCUGAGGAUAUUGAAAUUGGUUCUUAUACAGGAGGUACAGGGGCAAGGAGUCGUUCUCAAGAACUAAAAGUUACCAAUGAUAUUUCUGGAAAACCCGAAAGGGAGAGUAUUGAUUGGAAGAAUUUUCAAGAAGCUGCAAAGACAUCUUUGUCAAAUGACGUCAACCGCACAUGCGCAAUGUGUAAGAACUAUGAAAAACAGUUGCAAAACUUGCAAUUGCGAAAGGAAGAAUUGACAGAGGAGACAAAUACGUUAUCGAAGAAAUUGAAAGAUGAGCAGGAAGCCGUUAUCAUGGUAAACAGAGCUCUUUCUGACUUGGAAGAAACUGUUAAAGUGGCGAGCGAAGAUGCACAAUCACAGAUCAAAGCAGCUAUGGAGACGCAGAGAAGUUUUGAAAGUUUACUAGAGGAAAUAACUGCCGACAUUGAUAAAACAAAAAGGAAGACGAGUGACGAUUUGAAUGAGCUGAUGUUGUCCAGAGACAUUGCUCCAACCAAGGGAAAUGCAUUGGAACGCGAUAAAGAUAAUAUAGUUGAAAGGGAAGCUGUCUUACAAAGUGAAAUUGAUUUUAUGAAAGAUCGCGUUAUGGCCGAGCAGUUUGCAAAGGAUAGAAUGGAAGAACUUUAUCAAGCAGAGAUUGAAUCUUUGGGAGAGGAAAUAAAAAACCUGAAAAGUCAAUUGGCGAUCCAAAGUAACUCGAAGGGAGAUCUGUGUGCUGCGCCUGUAUCCUCGAAGGAUGUAAAGCUGGAAAGCGAAGCUGCACAAACUCAUAAAGAUAAUGUAGUAUACGAUACAUCAAGUGUAGCUAGUACUGCCGAUACAUGUAUGGAUAAUAUUGAAACUAAUGGCAUAACAAGCUAAAGAACGGUUAACAGUAUGAAGAAUCAUCUUAAGAAAAGAGAAAAUGAUCGCGUCUUUCAAUAAUUGAUCAUUUGGUUCUUUCUUUAAAAUUAUUCAAGUGGUUUUAAAGGUCAACGUGAAUCUGUUAAAUUAAUUGUAUAUAUUGAUUAUUAUUUGUCUUCCAACUUUUUCUUUGACAAUUUUUUGGAAGGCACGAAAAUGGCCUAUCGUGUUGUUCUUUGGUCCAGCGUGCGUGCUGUUCACAUGUAAAUCAUAUGCUUUGUGAUUUUAGCUGUGAAUAAGUGAAUGGAAAUGGAUUAAAACAUAAUGUCAAACUUAAA